AUGGGAGGUUUUGGUGCUCUAGUGUUUCCCAUACGCUCUCAUGUAUGCUGUUCGGAUUGUUUUACUCCAGAUGGAAAGCCGGGUGCAUGUGUGAGCAUACAGGAAUGCCCCAGCUUAAAUAUAACUAAAUCAAAUUACGACUUCAUACGGAAUUCAAUUUGUCUUAAUGGGUUUGAAGUGUGCUGUGGACCUCCACCCUCUGUCCCGGACAGGGGUAACUGUAAAAAUCAAAUCAGCGCCUUCCCACCUAAUCCCGAAACUGAAUGCUGCGGUAUCCAAGCCUCUGGACAGAACAGGAUUUUUGGUGGUACAUCGACUGGAAUAGAUCAAUAUCCCUGGCUCGCUCUGUUGGAAUACAAGAUUGGUAACCAAAUAAAACUAAACUGUGGGGGUGCGCUCAUCAGUAACAAAUACGUGUUGACUGCGGCUCACUGUAUGAAUUUCAAUAAGCCAGUGAGCAUUCGACUAGGAGAAUAUGAUGUCACACAUGACGGUCAAGACUGUUUGGAGGGCUCGGACUGCACUGAUCCAGCCGUCAGUAUUCCGAUAAAGGAAAUCUUAAUACAUCCUGAAUACGACAACGUACUUAAAAGAAACGAUAUCGCUUUGAUCAGGCUAGACGGUAUGGCUAACUAUACAGAUUUCAUCCGACCCAUUUGUCUGCCAACAUUGGAUGUAUCACAACUCUCACCUAAUGUAUCACUAUAUGUAGCCGGUUGGGGUAGAAUGAGCUGGAACAUAAAGUUCAGCAGUCUGAAGCAACAUGUCAAAGUGCCAAUUGUGAACAUGCAGGACUGUCAAAACGUGUAUGAGACAAGAAUUGUUCCGAAAGUAAAUCUGUGGAGUAAGCAACUGUGUGCUGGUGGAGAAAAGGGACGUGACUCUUGUAAUGGCGACAGUGGCGGUCCUCUAAUGAUGAAGACAUUACUUCCCAACAAUUUAACAGUUAUAACAGCGGAGGGCGUAGUCAGCUAUGGACCACAGGUAUGCGGCAUUAAGGACGUACCAGGCGUAUAUACAAAAGUAUACGAAUACAACACCUGGAUACGCAGACAUAUAAGGCCGUAA